CUCUGAAAGUAAUCAGUCUCGGGAUACGUUGGCAGAAAUGAAGAGCUCUAAAUAUUUGUGGUCUUUGACUGGAAUAUGUUUGCUGGUUCUUGCUGUGAUAGAGUCAGAUGACAUGAAGGCAUGUUGGAUAACACCUUCUGAGUCAUACCGGAAGUACAAGUGUGUAAAGAGCAACAUCACGAUUCUACCAUUCAAUAUGUGCGCAAUCACAUGUUGCUUACAGCACAGAUGUAUCGGAUUGUACCACAAGGACACAAGUGAUGAAUGUUACUUGAUCAACGCAAUUGAAAAGGAGGAAAAUUGUGCCGACUUGGAUUGGAAUAACUGGAAAGCAUAUAAGAAAACUAAAGACCUCGGCGGUUGCAGCCAAUAUUUAUUGGUUAACAAGAAAGUCCCGGCUCGGCUUGACUUUGUUCCGAGUGAUAACGACGACAUUGGUGGUAUUAACGUGACGGGCUCAUAUGCAUUUAUUAGUUUACCAAAAUUGUUUAGAGUUCGGGGAUUUGCCAUCCAAGGAAGGUGGCGAAAUGAAACGCUUGACUCUUGCUGUGAUGAAAGGGUGACGUAUUUCUAUAUAUUUCGUAGUACUAACUACAAAAAUUGGUUCUGGGCGGACAAAAAAGCACGAUUUGAAGGUAAUGUGAUUCCGGACGCCGGAAAUGAGAUAGUAAUCAAUGUGUUCCAGACGCCUGUGGAAGCGAGAUACUUAGCGUUGUAUCCCGCAGGUUACCAUGGACAAAAGAUCAUGCGUUUUGAUGUGAUUGGUUGUGAUUUAUAACGUCACACAUUUGAUAAUCCUCUUAUACGGCUUGGGUGCUGGAAAUAUUUUCACUCAAACGCCUUUAUACAAAUCUAGUGUCUGUGCUACAUUUGCUUACUUUAUAACUAAGACAGAUGAAUUGAAUAACGACUUUUACAAUGCCAUACUUUUCAAAAUGUGAAGUUUCAGUUCAAUAAAUGACAUGAACGUAUGCAAUUAUGUAUAGGUUAGUGUUCAUUAGCAUUUACAAAAUUGAGUUAAAUUGGUUAAGACAUAUCAUAGAGCAAUUAAAUGUAGAAAAACUUGUUAAUAAACAUUAUCAAAUUCAGUGUCUGAAAUUAUUUUUAGAAAACAAACUGUCAAUUUGGCUAUAUUUAAUCAGUCUAGUAAAUCGUUAAAUUUCUAAAAA